AAGGGUAAUAAAACAAAGCAAACCAUCCAGCUAUUAAAAUAUCAAAUUAAAAAAGAAACAAAACCUAAUUAAGUGGGAAAAAGAAUGGAGGCAAAGAAGGUAGUAGCAGUGUUUGUAAUGUGCAUAGUUGUGUUGUCAGCUGUGCAUGUUCACGUAGCGGAAGCCGAUGAAGUUUUCAAGCGGUGCUUUGACAAUUGUCAAAAGGAAUGCGCUGAUGAGGGCCAUGGCUACACUUUUUGUGAGAUGAAAUGUGACGCCGACUGUGGUAUGAAGGAGCUCAAAGCCAAAUUCGAGAAGCUCAAGCCAUGAACGAGGACUAAUGAUGUGGGGGACCACCCUCUAGUAGGAGAUAUGGCAUAAUGAAAAAUAGAAUAGAGGAAUUCAUAUUUUCUCUAAUUAAUUCAUUAAUUUCUUUCCCAAAGACAGUUGUAAAGCUCAAAAUUGAAUAAUAGUAAAAUCAAUUGUUUGUGUUUUUUAUAAGA